AUGUGGGCAUACCCACGAUCUGGCCACUGGUGGGACACAAUUGUUCCGGAUUUCACCCCGUUACAAUUCAUGCAGAAUUUCCGUCUAUCCCCAGAAUCAUUUGAGUACAUCUGCAGUCAGGUCAAGCAUGCCAUGGGGAGAAGGAACACAAACUACCGUUUGUGUGUCCCAAUCCGAAAGCGUGUGGCAAUUGCCAUCUGGAAACUGGCCACGGGUGGUGAAUACAGGACAAUCAGCCAUCUUUUUGGGGUAGGCCUCAGCACUGUAUUUAUUUGUGUUCAGGAAUUCUGCAACACAGUCAUCAAGGUGCUCCUUUCCAUCCACAUAAGAUUUCCUGAUGCUGAAAAGUUGUUAGAAAUGGCCACUUUCUUUAAUAAUCGUUGGAGAGUUCCACAGUGUGUGGGUGCAAUUGAUGGCAGCCACAUUCCAAUAAUUGCACCAGAGGACUAUCCACGAGACUAUUUCAAUCGUAAAGGCUGGCAUUCUAUUGUUCUGCAAGCAGUUGUGGAUGGCAAAGGUAUUUUCUGGGAUGUUUGUGUUGGCUAUCCAGGGAGUGUGCAUGACGCCCGAGUGCUACGACAGUCACAUUUGUGGGAGGCCCUAAGUGACGGGGAAUUACUAGGGCAAAACAAAGUGACCAUCUCUGGCUGUGAUGUUGGACAUUACCUGAUCGGUGAUCCGGCAUACCCCAUGCAGAAUUGGCUCAUGAAGCCCUUUUCCGACACUGGCAGACUGACCCCUGAACAGCACACCUACAAUUACAGGCUGAGCAGUGCACGAUCGGUUGUGGAGAUGUCUUUUGGGAGAUUAAAAGGACGAUGGAGGUGCCUCCUUAAAAGAAAUGACUGCAAGCUGGAGCUGAGCAAGAGGAUUGCACUGACCUGCUGUGUGCUCCAUAACAUUUGUGAGGAACAUGGUGAUAAUUUCACUGAAGAGCACCCAGACAGGACUCUAAACAUUGAGCCUCCUGUUCAGACAUUACCUGAACGUGCGAACACAGAAGGGGCUGACAUCAGAGCUGCAUUAAUAAUGCAUUUUAACGGAGGGAACGAGUGA